AUGAAAAUCCAGCAGGCUGUUCUUGAGCUGAAGUUGACUCCUGCACUGACGCUUCUGCGAUACACUUUGGACCAACUAGAAGAAAAAGACACAGCCAAGAUCUUUUCUCAGCCUGUCAAUCUAUCAGAGGUCCCAGAUUACCUGGAGUUCAUAUCCCAACCCAUGGACCUGUCCACCAUGCGCACCAAACUGGAGGGACACGCCUAUUGCUCGGUCGCAGACUUGGAGAAAGACUUCAAUCUCAUGAUUUCUAACUGUCUCAAAUACAACUCCAAGGACACCAUGUUCCACAAAGCAGCUCUACAGCUGCGGGAGGUGGGCGGAGCCAUCCUGCGUCACGCCCACAGGCAGUCUCAGAGCAUUGGGCUGGACCCCAGCACUGGCAUGCACCUGCCAGAGGCACCAAACAAGCAUGGCUUCUACCACUGCACGUGGGACGACG